AUGGACGGCAGAUACGGCGGUGGUGGCGGUGGUGGUGGUGGUGGUGGUGGGUGUUUUGAGUUUGAGAGUGGUGGGGUGGUGAUGACAAGAGACCCAAAGCCAAGGCUCAGAUGGACUGCUGAUCUUCAUGAUAGAUUUGUUGAUGCUGUUACUAAACUUGGUGGCCCUGAUAAAGCAACUCCUAAAUCGGUGCUGAGAUUGAUGGGAUUAAAGGGGUUGACAUUAUACCAUUUGAAGAGCCAUUUACAGAAAUAUAGACUUGGACAGCAGGCAAAGAAGCAAAACAAUGGUGAUCCGAACAAUGAAAACAGUGGUGAUUCCUAUGAACACUACAAUCUGCAUUCGACAGGCACAAGCUCCAAUUCUUUGAGAGCUAAUCACGAACCAGUAGAUAUACCUAUUGCAGAUGCACUGCUAUGCCAGAUUGAAGCACAAAAAAGGUUACAAGAGCAGUUUGAGGUACAGAAGAAACUACAAAUGAGAAUAGAAACUCAAGGAAAAUACUUGCAAGGAAUCUUAGAGAAUGCUCAAAAAAGCCUCUCACUUGACAUGAACUCAUCUGGCAAUCUUGAAGCAACACGAGCUGAACUAACCAACUUCAACUUAGCCCUUUCGGAUCUCAUGGACAAUUUAAAUGGAGAAGGAAGGCAAGAGAAUGUUUCUAAAUUUAGCCACGAUGGCAAGAAGGGGCCCACAACAGUAAAGGAAGAAAUGAAGAUCAAAACGGAGGGCGGUGGUGGUGGUGGUGGUGGGUCCAUCAGUUUUGAUUUGAACACAGGAGGUAACUACGACUUCAUUGGCACAAAUCAAGAUUUACUUGCACUUGGGUUUACGAGACAAAACUAGAGAGGAUUGAUAUAUUUAUUGUGCAAUAAUUCAUCUAAAUUUUGUCGAUGCAAACCCAAUGCGAUCGUAUGGUAGAGGGAUGUUUUCAUGGUAGGCCAAAGGGUGCAUCAUAUCGAUCAUGUGGUGGUAUAAAUCACUUUUGGAGUUAAUGUGUAGAUUCAUAAUUAAUAUUAACGUGUAUUUUCAGAUCAUGCUUUCUCUUAAUUUUAUUUUAAUAAACAUAUUCUAUCUAGAGGCAUUAUUAUUUUGUUGAGUCAAUAAUAACGUUAUUACAAAGAUUAAGUCAUUCUUGAUAUCAUUGUUAUUGUCUUCGU